CGACUGAUUUCACGCAGACUUCCGAGAUCUGAAUGCUCGAGAUAUGCACAGCAGUCCCUUCUCUGAUCCAUAUGGAGAGGCAAAGUAUGGUCUGACAAAGCGACAAACGCUCGAAGUUUCCGAGAUAAUCUUUCCACAAAAGGCUGGUUACUUCUUUCCAAACACAACAGCCGCUAUAUGAAUACGGACAUCCCCAAACACAUCAGCCAUCAAUCUCAAGACAAGACUAGUCAGAGCUAUCCACCCCAACAAGUCCAGUGCCCUAGAUGACUGGCCCACCCGCAACCAGAGAAGCAACCCGUAAGCGCUCACGGAAUCUAUCACCCAGUUCCGCUUCGUUGCCGUCAGCAAAGCUAGCCGAGCCGCCAUCUGAUCGCGAUCGAACGUCUGUAACGGACCGUGCUGCCGGUCAUAUAACCGAAUCCCCACGCAUAGUCAAGGAGGACGCAGAUGGAGACGACAUGAGUGGAGAGAAUAAGGAUACGGUGGAAGGUACUCUCGAAGAGCGUGAAGAGGCAGAAACGGUUGAAGAGUACAAAGACACAACGCCGAACCUCCACGAGAUCAAACAGGAACCCGAAUCAGUCGCGCCUGGUGUUACCACAGCUUCGCGGAAAGUGCCUAUCACAGCAGACGAUCCUCCGGCGACCCAGUCUCUGUUUGAGCCCAAGGAUGACACAAAUGAAGGAAGCGAGUUUGUGUCUGUUGAGGACGAAGCGGUCAAGGCAGCUUGGAAGAAAUUCGUUGAAAAGCUGGACGAGCUCGCAGCUGACCUCCUUACUUCGCAACAAGAAAUCCUCGAAAGGGCGAUUGAUAAGGUUGUUCAAGCAGAGAGGGAAUAUCGCCAGCCUCUUAUCCAGGCAGCAGAUAUAGCUGCCAGAGAAGAAGGCCGCAGGGAAGGCUUUGAACGAGGCUAUGCUGCAGGCUUGGAGCAAGGCAAGAAGGAGCUCUAUGAGUAAGGUAAGAGCGACAGCGACGUGCAAUUCAAGAACAAUAGCAAUGCGCAAGGCAAGCAAAAUAGCGACAAACUUGCGAAGGCUGACAUAUGACUCUUGUUCAAAGCAAUGUAGAGGCGAAUCCAUAGUUUGUGUCAGUCAAGAAAGUUCAUGGAUAAUUUUGAAAGGAAUCACCGACCAUGUAGCAGGUAAACAAACGAAACGAAUGCUUUUCGCCAAUUCAAUAGAACCUGUAGUUGCC